AUGAUAUUCAUUUGGGUUAUCAAUUAUUAUGCCAGUAAAAGUGUUGUGACGAACAUCCAUGCUGAGAAGCUACCAAAGGAAGUCAGUGAAGCAGUGCAGAAGGAGAUUCACCUUUUCCCUGCAUACAUCAUCUCCAGAGAUUUAGAGGUCGAUAGCCGUACUUCGAAUUGGGAGAGGCUCUCGAGGGCCUUCGAAUCAAGGCUUGAUGGUAGGCUUUCGGGCAACUUGUACGAUAAUGGACAUGGAGUGCUCCUUGGUGCUGUGGUAGAACAUGAUGAAACUUGUAGUCAUGGGCCAAACUUGGCUUUUAACAGAUUUGUACCUCGAAUAACCGAGGAUGAAGCCAGGGUGGCAAUCUAUUGUCAGACUAUCACCAUGAUCAUCAAUGGUGAUCGAAAGCAGGUCCUUCAAUACUGGAACCACGGCGCGGAGGAUCUAAGUGACCAGCACUUUCGGUCGACAAUGGGGUUAAGCCCCGCCUAUCCUCAGGGUAGGGAUUUUGGUCUUAGAGAGAACAAGAGCCUAACGGGUACAACACCUUAUGCAAGUGUUAAUACUCAUCUUGGAAUUGGAUACCAUGGUCCUAAAUCUGGAGGACAACAGAGUAACCAGGGGAACUAUAGUAAGCCUGCAAGUGAGAAUCCCAAGCAGAAUAAGCCUGCAGGGGGAUCGAAACGUCGUUUUAAUCCAGAUUGGUAUGAUACUUAUGGUGAUUGGUUGGAGUACAGUAUUGUGAAAGACGCAGCUUACUGUCGAUAUUGUUAUUUGUUUAAGUAUGAUGAUUCUCAAAAAGGAGGAGGUGAUGCUUUUGUUACUGUUGGGUGGUCAUCUUGGAAUAAAAAAGAAAGAUUGGAUAUCCAUGUGGGUGAAUGUGGGAGUUCUCCUAAUCAAGCAUACACUAUGUUUGAAACUUUAAAGAACGAAGUACAAAUUGUCAAGGACAUGUUCAAUGUUUUUAGUGAUAAGGAGAAGGAGGAUUAUCGCAAUCGCUUAGAAGCUACAGUCGAAUGUAUAAAAUGGCUUUUGCGAAUGAAUUUAGCCUUUAGAGGGCAUAAUGAGUCGACAAAUUCAAAAAAUCGGGGUAAUUUCGUUGAACUUUUGAAAUUUCUACCAAAUAAUAAUGAAGAUAUUGAUAAAGUUGUUCUUGAAAAUGCUCCAAAAAAUUUGCAAUUAGUCUCCCCUGAGAUUCAAAAAGAUAUUGUUCAUGCUUGUUCUCGAUUGACAGUGAAGGCCAUUAUGGAAGACCUUGGAGAUGACAUUUUUGAGAGAUUUUUAGGUAUUAUACAUGUACCCGAUACCACAACUUUGACACUGAAGGCAGCCAUUGAUUUUAUCUUGUCAGAAAAUGGUUUGACUGUAUCAAGAAUCUAUGGGCAAGGUUAUGAUGGAGCCAGUAAUAUGCAAGGCGAGUUUAAUGGAUUAAAAACAUUGGUUUUAAAAGAAAAUAAAUCAGCAUUUUCCAUCCAUUGUUUUGCACACCAACUCCAAUUAACACUUGUGGCAGUGGCAUCAAAACAAGGUGAUAUUGCUUCAUUUUUUAGUCUACUAUCACGAUUGAUGAAUAUUGUUGGAGCAUCUUGUAGGCGUCAUGAUGUACUUCGUGCUAAAAGGGCAGAUGAAGUCAAAGACGGCAUAUGUAGUGGUGCAUUUCAAAGCGGAAGAGGUCUACAUCAAGAAACAAGUCUACAAAGGCCUGCUGACACUCGAUGGAGAUCUCAUUAUAAAACUCUCAAUAGUUUACUAGUCAUGCUCUCUUCGUUAAUAGAUACCCUUGAGUAUAUUGACGAGGAAGGCAUAGAGUCUGAACAUAGGGGUGAAGCACGAAUAAUGAAGAAGUUGGUUGAAUCUUUUGAUUUUGUUUUCCCUUUACAUCUCAUGUUCCUGCUAUUGGGAAUUACAAAUGAUUUGUCUAUGGCAUUGCAGCGCAAAGACCAGGAUAUUCUAAAUGCUAUUGACCAAGUUAACAUAACUAGGAAACGAUUACAAUCCAUGAGAGAUGAUGGUUGGGGAUCUCUAUUAGAUAAAGUUUCUUCAUUUUGCGACACGCAUGAAAAUUCUGUUCCCAAUAUGAACGAAAGAUUUACUUUGGAAGGUAAGUCCAAGCGUAAGGCACCAAUGGUCUCAAAUCUUCAUCGUUAUCGUGCUGAAAUAUUUUAUGCAACUAUUGACUUUCUUCUCCAAGAGAUCAACAAUAGGUUUGAUGAGGAGACGACUGACAUUCUUCUAUGUGUGGCUUCUUUAAGUCCAAUCAACUCAUUUCAGGCUUUUGAUACGCAAAAGUUGCUCAAGUUAGCUCUAUUCUAUCCAAGUGACUUUUCUACAGGUUAUCUUGGACCACUUGAAAAUCAACUUGGGAAUUAUAUUGUUGAUAUGCGUUCUAAGAAAGAAUUAUGUGAGUUAAAAGGGAUAGGUGAACUUUCUUCUAAGUUAAUGGAAACGGGAAAACAUGUUGUCUAUCCAAUGGUGUAUUUUCUCUUAAAGCUAGCUCUAAUCCUUCCAGUUGCUACAUCAAGUGUUGAAAGGGCUUUUUCUUCCAUGAAUUAUGUCAAGAACAAGUUGCGAAAUCGAAUGGGUGAUCAAUGGAUGAAUGAUUGCUUGGUUAUAUGUGGGAGGCUGAGGAAGGUACUACCUGAGUUGAUUAUGGAGAAUCAAAGUGGCUUUGUCUUUCGGAGAUACAUAGUCCAUAAUAUUAUGGUUUUGCAAGACCUUAUCAAGCAUUAUGGAAGGAAGCAAGCUCAAUCAAGCUGUAUAUUGACGAUUGACUUACAGAAAGCCUAUGAUACAGUUAGCUGA